AUGAAGCAGCCGCGCUGGUGCGGGAUGACUGCCAAGACGGGCACGGUGCUGUCAGGGGUCUUUUCCAUCAUGGCCACACACCUGUCCCUCAUCUUUGAACGGAAGCACCUGCAGGACAACAACUGCACGGAGCACAAUCUGCAGGACAGGAGCAUCAAGGAGCUGUUACACCAGCUCAUCCUGUGCAGGAGCUACGCCAUCGUCCUGUUCCUAGCGGUGACCACCAUGCUCACCAGCGCCUUCCUGCUGUACUCGGUGUACGCGCAGCACUACCGAGGCCUGAUGACGUACGUCCUGUGGAUCAUCUGCGAAACCAUCGCCGACCUUGUGAUCAAGGUCCUCACCAACGAGCUCAGCAUGGGCGAGAUGCGCUACGUGCGCUGGAGCUGCUGGGGCUGCCGCGCCUGCAUGCAGGGCUUCUGGAUGUUCUUCGUGGUCACCUACGCGCAGGUCACCUACAAGGGCCAGACCCAGGGCUACAUCCUGGCCUACAACAGGCGCAUCUCCAUGGGCAACAGGGAGGCCCCCCGGUGCAAGUCCAAGAUCCUCAGCUUCGUCCGGCACUACAGUGCGUGA